CAGGAACAACCACAAAUCGUUUUGGUCGAGUCAACAUGGCGCCAAUCGACGACGAUGAUGAGAUGCCACAGCUCUCUGGUGGAGCUCUGGACGCACUAAAAGAAUUUUACGGCGAGCGCGAUGCAAGGCAAAAACAGUUCGAAGAGCUGAAAGGCCAGGCAGAAGACGAGUUCGAGGGGAAACUGUCUAUGGAUGCUUUCACCGAAGAUUGGAAUGCGAGUCAGUUCUGGUACAGCGAUGAGACGGCUGCCGAUCUCGCGAGACAACUUCUGGAUGGCGCGACGGAUGAGACUAAAAUUGCCGUGGUAUCUGCUCCGAGUGCUUUUAUUCAGUUGAAGAACUUGAUGGCGUCAGGAGAAUACAAAUGCCGGCCACAGCUCAAACUUCUUGAGUACGAUGAGCGCUUUGCUGUCUUCAAAGAGUUUGUACAGUACGACUUCGAGAAGGCCAUCAAAUUGCCAGCCGAGUUGAAAGGAAGCUUUGAUCGUAUCAUCUGCGAUCCGCCAUUCCUGAGUCAGGACUGUCAGACCAAAGCUGCACUGACCGUCCGCUGGCUGGCAAAGUCAUGGACGCCGGAAUCUUUGCGCCUGCUUGUUUGUACUGGAGAACGUAUGGAGGAACUGGUCACCGAGAAGUUGUAUGGCAAGGUCGGUACAAGGACAACAGACUACGAGAUCAAGCAUUCAAAAGGGUUGAGCAACGAGUUCAGAUGUUACGCCAAUUUCGAGUGCGAGACAUGGAAAUGGACAAAGUCAUAGCGAGGUUUCCAUUGAGUUCUUACAUCGAAGUGCAUACAAAAUCACCUCGGGGAGAAAUACCUAAAAUUCAAUCAAGGCACUUGACUGUACCUCAAUUCCCAUAAACAUC